AUGGCACGGACAAGAGGUGGUAGCGUUGCACGAAAGCGUCAACGACUAACAAAAGAUAAGCAACAUGUGAAUGCUCAAGUACCUAUAGUCGAUGAUCACGAGGAGCCUCAAGAGGUCAUGUUAGAUGGUGUUGUAAACCCUCAAGCACCGAGGUCGUUUCUAGGAGGCCCUGAGGAUUUGUCGGUCCUUAGGAAUUUUUCAGACCAUGUUGCAACCCGCUUAUGGAGUGGCGAGGAUCGUGGUGAGCUUAAGAUUGUCAAUCAUGGAAGAAAAGUAAAAAAAUUUGUCAUCAAGCACCACCAAAAACAAAAAUUGGUAGAUAAGUCUGGCUUAGCAUCACUUAUAGUUUGCAACUAUCAGAUGGUGGAUAAAGGUCUUGUGUCUGCAUUUGUUGAGCGAUGGCAUCCUGAGACAAGCUCAUUCCACUUGCAAAUAGGAGAGAUGACAAUCACUCUUGAUGAUGUGUCAUGCUUAUUGCACCUACCAAUUAGAGGUGCACUUUUUAGUCAGCCGGUCAUGGACCAUGACAUUGCAUGUGUAUACUAGAGGAUUUGUUAGGAGUCUCACACGAGGAUGAAAUCCUUGAGAUAAGGGCUACAAGAGGUGCUCAUGUUCGCAUGAGUUGGUUGAGAGAUGCUUAUGAUGCAAGGUGCCAAGAGAAGCGUUGGGAAUUUGCUACAAGGACAUUUCUUCUAUUCUUGGUUGGUUGCACGAUUUUUGCUAACAAGAGCGCAGCAUAUGUGGAUGUAGCAUUCUUGGACCUAGUCACCCUAUUAGAUAAUGCAUUUUUGUUUGAUCUUCUAAAUUUUCCACUUCUUUCACAACUCAAAAUUACAAAUGUCUUCCUUUUAUCACGUCCUGUAUUUGUAUCUGACCUAAAAAUAAUAAGGACAAAUCCACUUUCUUUUGCAACAUGUCGUGCC